AUGAAUCUUCCGACUGCAACUCUCCUGUUGAUCUUCAUGGUGGCUGUUUUCGCCGCAGAUCCGCCUUUGAAUCAGACGAAGGAUGUGAAUGACUUCCUGGACUUUGAGGAUAACUCGGAUGCCGACGAGGUGCCUUCAACAGGAUCUAAAGGAAUAACCGAUGUUCCAAUUAUCACAGCCACCCCGAUCUCAAUCAGCGCAGCUGCAACUGCUCUUACCACUAAAAAUUCUUCAUCCACCACAACUUCUUCAGCCACAAGUGAUUCCACAACUGUUUCUUCAACAUCUGUAGACACCACAGCAUCUCCUCAAUCUUCUUCGCCUUCUACAACCACAUCUUCACCAACAUCAACUGCUUCCACAACAAGUGAUUCAACAACAACAGAAUCAACAACUACUACUUCUACUACAGAUUCUACAACAGCAACUGAUUCCACAACAAGUGAUUCAACAACAACAGAAUCAACAACUUCUACUUCUACUACAGAUUCUACAACAGCAACUGAUUCCACAACAAGUGAUUCAACAACAACAGAAUCAACAACUUCUACUUCAACUACAGAUUCUACAACAGCAACUGAUUCCACAACAAGUGAUUCAACAACAACAGAAUCAACAACUUCUACUACAGAUUCUACAACAGCAACUGAUUCCACAACAAGUGAUUCAACAACAACAGAAUCAACAACUUCUACUUCAACUACAGAUUCUACAACGGCCACUGAUUCUACAACAAGUGAUUCAACCACUUCUACUUCUACCACGGAUUCUUCAACUGCAACUGAUUCCACAACGAGCGAAUCCCCCACAACUGUUCCCACCACAACUGUCUCCACUACAACUCUCCCCACCACAACUGUUCCUAGUACAACCAGUGAACAGCAAACAGAAGAGGAAUUUAUUUUGGCACUUCUGGCUGAAAAUUCAGCAUUUCUAACUCAGUCAAAUUCUUUGCUUAAUGCUAUCAGCACAAUUAACUUGAAUAUUAUCGAUGACCUAGACAGUCAAUCUAAUUUCCUUGACCUAAUUGAAGACACCGAAAGACUUCUUCAAAACAAGACAAAAGAACUUUUAUCUUGGGAAGCCGAGCUUCUUCGAGGUGUCGUCACUUCCAUUAAGAAGAUUGACUUAUUUGCCAACCGAACGAUUGAUACCUUCUCUCAAUUGCUUAAAUUACAAGAACAGAACCAUGAUCGCGUGAAGGACCUAGGGGAUAGGCUAAACGUCACAGAAGGACAAAUCCUGCGCAGCUCUAAAGGACUGGACAACAAACUAAACUUUGUUGGCCAAUUACUUCAGCGAUUUGUCGAGCCAAAAGUGAAUAGUCUAAAGGAAUCCUUUGGAAAUCUAAAUACAUCCCAAAUCAAUUCUAAAAUUGAACUGGAUAAUGUACCUUUGGUUAGAAAUCUAACUGGAAAUUCAAUUAUUAAGCUAUCAGCCUUGAAUAACCAAUUAGCUGUACUUAAUCAGACUCAGGAGAAAAGUUUUGACUCACUAAAGGCUGCUGUUAAAGCCUGGGCCCCCACUAACCUCAAAGCGAUAAACGAUCUAUUUCAGACCAUAAGCAUUUCCCAAAAACGCACAGAUUUGGCAGUAGCCAUUUGCGGAUCCUCCGAGUAUAAUAAUAAAGGACAUUCUACUCAUUUUGAGAGCUAUAACACCCACCUUAUAAGCAACGGCUCAGAAGACCCCGACCACAGAAGGAUAACUAGAAACCAAGAAAGUGUUGAAGAUGAAACAUUGGACCCAUCAGCAGAGUCAUCGUGGAGUGUUGUUGCCUCGGCAUAA